AUGAGCGCACCUAAUCCGGCUCUAUCGGCCUUGUCCGGCCCGACUUAUACUACCGCCCAGACGCUUAUCCAGCAGGUGGCGUAUUUGUUGAGUGACAAGAUCUUCUCAUACUCUCCCGAGAGUUUUGACCUCGAUGCUGCUCUGCAAGAAUGGUCUCAGAACAAGGAGGUCAAUGCCAAUGGCGAAUCUCCUGUUGUCAAGUCACUCGAGACCCGCCAAGGUGCCGGUAGCAUGGCUCUUGGAUAUCUUUUCUCCCAGGACUUUGACCUGAAGAAGCGCCAUGUGCCUCAGGGUAUCAUUGCCUCAUCCGCUACCCUUCCAUUCAUGCGGUCCGCUCUGGAACAGCUUUCUCUGCUCUACUCUGUAGCCAGCCCCGUGGCGGCUCACGUCGCUGCUGUGGACUACACUGGCGAGGAGGGUCUGGUUUCCGAUUAUGCUUCGGCCCUCUCCCUGGCUGAGGACCUCGGACUCGGUCUGGUCUCCAGCGGCUCAGCCCACGAGUCUCAGCACAUGGCUCUCUUCACCACUUUGCUUUCUUCCCUUCUUCCUUCGAUCCACAUCUACGAUGGCGUGCGUGUUGGUCGUGAGCACACCCGUGUCAUUGAUGUGCUCGGCAAGGAUGGUCUGAACAACACCUAUGAGACUGUUCGCAAGACCCUCGAUGAUGCUCGCAACCGCCACCUGGAUGCCCAGGGUAAGGUUCUUGAGCUGCUCAAGACUCUCAACGGCGAGCUGGGAACCGACUAUGGUGCAUUCGAGUACCAUGGUCAUGCCGAGCCCGCUUCUGUGCUGGUCGUCUUUGGCACCGUGGAGGCCACUCUCGCUGCCCAGGUUGCCCGCUCUUUGGCCAAGGAUGGUGUUCACAUUGGUGUUGUCAACGUCCGUGUGUACCGCCCCUUCGUGGAGGAAGAGUUCCUGCGCGUGCUUCCCAAGUCCACCAAGACGGUCGGAAUUCUGGGCCAGGUUGCCAAUGAGGAGGCUGUCCAGGAGGAGGGUGUUCACUCCGCUCUCUAUGAGGACGUCCUUGCUGCCUUGACCUUCGCCACAGACCGCGAGCAGGCCCCGGCUCCUGUUGAGAUCAAGUACCCUCGCUCUCAGACCUGGGACCUGGUCAGCACUGCUGCUGCUUUCCAGCGUAUCUUCGGGAAGCCUAUUCUUCCCAUCAACAGCGCCACCAACGAGACUGCUCCUCUGCAGCUGCUUGAUCCCGCUGCUGUUCAGGAAUACACCUUCUGGGACGUUGACAACUCCGUUUCUGAGGGCGCUGCUCAUACUCUCAGCCAAGCCCUUGCCGCUGACUCGGCCAGCAACGUUACCACCAGCAAGGUACACGACAACCUGGUCCAAGGCGGUGCUAUCCGCGUUGACAUUCGCAAGAGUGCCAAGAUCCUGGAUGCGCCUUACGCCGUUGCUGCUGCUGACGUUUCUUACGUUGGAAGCAUUGCUCUGCUCAACGAUGUCGACGUUCUUGCUUCUGUCAAGGAUAACGCCAAGGUCAUUGUCAGUGCUCCUGGUGUCAAGGACGAGGACCUGGAGAAGAAGCUGCCAGCCGCCUUCCGCCAGGCUGUCGCCCAGCGCGGUAUCUCCCUCUUCGUUGUUGACGCUUCUGCCAAUGAGGACUCAUCUCUCGAGACCUUCGUUCUUCAGGCAUCCUUCCUCCGUGUUGCUCUACCCUCCCAGGAAGGCCUUGCCGCCAAGAAGCUUUCAUCCAUCGUGGGCAAUGCCGAGGCCCUGGAGAAUGUGAUCAAGGAUCUUGAGAAGGUUCUUCGUCAGAUCGAGAUCCCCGAGUCCUGGAAGGAGCCCGAGGGUGUCAGCGAGGCUCCCCUGCUUCCAAAGGACAUCGCCGCGAACAGUUUCGCUCCCUUCGACAAGAAUGAAGCUGAGCCCCCGACCCUCCUCAGGGACUGGGAGACUGCGGCCCGUGGUCUGGCAUUCAAGGAGGCCUAUGGCACAAAGAACGCUCUUCGUCCUGACUUGGCCACCAAGACCUUCACUGUCCACGUCAAGGAGAACCGUCGCCUUACUCCCGUGACCUAUGACCGUAACAUCUUCCACAUUGAGUUCGACCUCGGUGACUCCGGCCUCACUUAUGACAUUGGUGAGGCUCUCGGUGUCCACGCCGAGAAUGACCCCAAGGAUGUCUCCGACUUCAUCGCCUUCUAUGGCCUGGAUCCCGAUGCGAUUGUGGAGGUUCCUAGCCGUGAGGACCCCGCCGUGCUGGAGAACCGCACCGUCUACCAAGCACUGAUCCAGAACGUUGACAUCUUCGGUCGCCCGCCCAAGCGCUUCUACGAGGCUCUUUCCGAGUUCGCCUCCGAUGAGAAGGAGAAGACCGAUCUGCGCACUCUGGGCGGUCCCGAUGGUGCCACCGAGUUCAAGCGCCGCUCGGAGGUUGACACCGUCACCUUCGCCGACAUCCUGCUCGAGUACCCGUCUGCCCACCCUGACUUCCACGAAAUUGUGCGCAUCAUCGGUCCCUUGAAGCGCCGCGAGUACUCCAUUGCCUCGUGCCAGAAGGUUACCCCCAACUCCGUUGCCCUGAUGAUUGUCGCCGUCAACUGGUCCUCCCCUAACGGCACCGACCGCUUCGGUCUGGCCACUCGCUACCUGAGCCGCCUCCAGCCCGGCUCGCCUAUUACCGUGAGCGUCAAGUCCAGUGUGAUGAAGCUGCCGCCCAAGUCGACCCAGCCCAUCAUCAUGGCCGGUCUCGGUACCGGUCUGGCCCCGUUCCGUGCCUUCGUGCAGCACCGCGCUCUCGAGAAGGCCCAGGGCAAGGAGAUCGGUUCUGUUCUCCUGUAUAUGGGCUCUCGUCACCAGCGCGAGGAGUACUGCUACGGAGAGGAGUGGGAAGCCUACCAGGAGGCCGGUGUCAUCACCCUGCUCGGUCGUGCAUUCUCUCGUGAUCAGCCUGAGAAGAUCUACAUCCAGGACCGUAUGCGCCAGUCCCUGCCUGAAAUCAUGCAGGCAUACAUCCGCGAUGAGGGUGCUUUCUACCUCUGCGGUCCCACCUGGCCCGUACCUGAUGUCACCGCUGUUCUGGAGGAGGCUAUUGCCACUGAAGCCAAGGCCAACGGUAAAAAGGUUGACACUCGCAAGGAGAUUGAGAAGCUCAAGGAUGAGGAGCGCUAUGUUCUGGAGGUGUACUAG